UCGAGAGACGAGGGAAGAUCGAGAAUGGAAUUCCACUUCGUUCCCCCCACCCCACGCCUUCGUCUUUCCACGUAGCAGAGAACGGAAGGAACGGACCCCCUUAUCGUUCUCCAGCCAGUUUUACGACGUGGAAAAGGUGGCAGCACCAUCCGGAUGGUGAAAGUCCUUCGACGAAGAGGAAGGAGUGGUGGUGCACAUAUAGAGGGGCGAGAGGGCGCGGCUUGUCCAGACGCUCUUUGUCCCGACAACGACGAUGACGGCGACCACCACGACGGCCACCAUGUCGCCGAGGUUCCUGUUCCUUCUUGGAUCCCUAUUUCUGCUCGCCGGAACACAAGUCAGAGCACAGGACGAGGAGGGUGCCGAUGGGAUUGACGCGAAUGCCGAAGAGUUGUGUCAAGAUAGGCCGGGGGACGAGUAUUUCCGGUUGAACGUCGAAGGGGACUGUCGCGAUGUCGUAAGAUGCGACAAAGCAAGCGAGAUUGGCGUGACCAGGUUGGCAACAGUCCGAUGUCCGACAGGUCUGGCGUUCGACAUUGAGAGGCAAACGUGCGACUGGAAGACGAACGUGAAGAAUUGCGACCAACUCGAGAAACCGCGUAAGGUGUUGCCCAUCCUGAGGACCGACGAACCAGUCUGCCCAGAGGGCAAAUUAUCGUGUGGUAACGGCGAGUGCGUCGACAAGGAGCUCUUCUGCAACGGUAAACCGGAUUGCAAGGACGAAUCCGACGAGAAUGCGUGCANGGUGGAAACGGACCCGAACCGUGCACCAGACUGCGACCCAACGCAAUGCGUGCUCCCCGACUGUUACUGUUCCGCCGACGGUACGAGGAUCCCAGGGAACAUCGAGCCAUCCCAGGUACCCCAAAUGAUCACGAUCACGUUCAACGGAGCCGUGAACGUGGACAACAUAGAUCUCUACGAGGAGAUCUUCAACGGGCAGCGGCAAAAUCNNNACGGUUGCCAGAUCAGAGGAACGUUCUUCGUCUCUCACAAGUACACCAACUACUCGGCGGUCCAAGAUCUCCAUCGUCGGGGCCACGAGAUAGCCGUGUUCUCCCUCACCCACAAGGACGAUCCCCAAUAUUGGACCCAGGGCAGUUACGACGAUUGGCUGGCUGAGAUGGCAGGCGCGAGGCUAAUUAUCGAACGUUUCGCCAACAUUACCGACGGUUCCAUCAUUGGGAUGAGGGCUCCUUACCUUCGAGUGGGCUUCGACGAGUCCCUGCCCGGUUGCCACAUGGUCGACUCGUGCUCCAACAUUCAGACUGGAGAACAGUUCGCCAGGUUGCUCAGGCACAAUUUCAACAGGCACUUCAACAGCAACAGGGCACCCCUCGGCCUUCACUUCCACGCCUCGUGGCUCAAGAGCAAGAAGGAGUACAGGGAGGAGUUGAUCAAGUUCAUCGAGGAGAUGCUGGCCAGGAGCGACGUGUACUUCGUCACCAUGGUCCAGGUGAUCAAAUGGAUGCAAACACCGACGGAACUCUCGGCGCUCAGAGACUUCCAGGACUGGAAGGAGACCUGCGACGAGAAGGGUCAGCCCUACUGUUCCCUUCCGAACGCCUGCCCCUUGACCACCAGGGAGCUUCCCGGCGAAACCCUUCGUCUGUUCACCUGCAUGGAGUGCCCCAACUACUAUCCAUGGCUGCUCGACCCAACCGGCGACGGUUUCACUGCGAACAAGAAAUGAGCAAUUGAGAGAAAUGAUCGGUCGUUCGUGUGGCGCGUGUCCUCGAUAAAAAUUCGGCAAAGAUCGUAUCGAGAGAAAUUUUCUCGGGGCACACGCGCCUGAACGUGUCGCGCUGAAAACGUGUCGCGAACG